GCACUGAAAGAGUUGCAGGCAAGACGCAUAUUUCUAGCUCGGACCUGUUUUCAUUUUCAAGCAAACUAACGUCGUAUCAGACAGAACCUUAGAUCUACAAACAGUCUUGGUUAUAGUUAGUGUAAGUUUCUCUAUCUUCUUUUGUGUCCAUGUAACAGGCGCGUAAAGAAGAAAAUAAUUCGUUCGGCGCACACUGAAAAGUGAGUGGAUUUGAUUUUAAGUCACUCAAUAGUUUACGGUGAUACUUUAGUGUCACCCAUUUGCUCUGUGGGCAGCUAUGUACAGCAUGCUGGAACACGACAUGAAGGCUUCGGUGCCACAGACGCACCAGAGCGCGCAGGGAAUAACCCAUCUGAACGGCGGAGUAACUCACGGCGUGACGCACGGAGCCACCAAACCGGCUGUCAACAACCAGCAACAGAGUAGCGAUCCUAUGGACAAAGUUAAGAGGCCCAUGAACGCCUUUAUGGUCUGGUCUCGGGGUCAGAGGCGCAAGAUGGCGCAGGAGAACCCCAAAAUGCACAACUCAGAGAUCAGUAAGCGCCUGGGCGCGGAAUGGAAGCUGUUGACUGACGCGGAGAAACGGCCGUUUAUUGACGAGGCCAAGAGACUUCGUGCCCUGCACAUGAAGGAGUACCCCGAUUACAAAUACAAGCCCCGUCGUAAGACGAAACCGGCGAUGAAGAAGGACAACCCUGCUGCCAAGUAUCCUCUAUCAGCCGGCAACUUGCUAGCGGCAGCCGCUGCUCAAGGCUCGGGGGGAAGCCCGAGGAUGGACAGCUACGGCUGGGGUCACGCAGGUGGCUAUGCUGGCAUGCAGACUGAUGCUCUGGGCUACAGUCAGCAGCUGGCCCGCUAUGAUCUGUCUGCCUUGCAGUAUCCAUCUGCCAUGGCCACGGCGCAAACUUAUAUGAAUGGCGCAAACUCCUACAACCCUAUGUCCUACAGCAGCACUCCACAGCAGCCCAGCCCAGUCAUAUCCAUGGUAAAACCAGACCAAGUUUCCCACUCUCCCACUGGAGCCCACAGCCACCCGCGAGGUCCUUUACAAGGAGACUUGAGGGACAUGAUUAGCAUGUAUAUCCCUGGUGGAGACACCUCAGACAGUGGAGCACAGAGAGGCUACUCUAACAUCCAACAGCAUUACCUCACUGGUACAGCACCUCUCACUCACAUCUGAUGAGGGAAGUGUCAUUACCUUCCCGUAUCAAGUCUGGAGGCUUGUAGUGGGCUAACAUGAUUUGAUGUGCCAAUGUAGAUGCAUGAACUUGAUAUGUAAAAAGAACGAGGGUGUGUGGUCACAUUGCUAAACUGAAAACCCAAGGCAGCUGGACAUUCGGCCUUGUUGAAGUGCCUCAGAAUAUUGUGUGGAAUGUGUGUCACUCUUAUGUCAUAUAUUUUCUACUGUCCUUGUCAUUGUUUUCUGCAUUUUUAGAUAAUUAUGUCACAGAUACCACAUGCCUGGUGCACUGGUCUUGGAAUUGCUUAUAGUUGAGUGCAACAUGCCACACUUUUUUCUGUAAUUGAUUGGUCUGUGGGUUUAAGCCAACCAGCUGACUGGUUGAUGUCUGCUUAUUUGCAUAGUCGAGACCUUUUGCCAGCUAGUUUAAUAUCUCACUGAUUACUGACUUCAAAGGCAUAACUGAAAACACUAAAUAAUGAAAGAAGGGAACAAACCAAGCACACAUUCCCUGAGUCGCUGCUUGUCCUGAUUAUCAAAACACCUAAAAAAUUAAUCUCCCAAUUUUGACUUUUUAGCUUUCACAAAGAUUGUGCUGCUAUUCAUUGAUUAGGUAAUGAAAAAAUUUACAACGCACAAUGGUUUAGACAUUUUUGUUUGAUUUCCAAUGUUAGUAUAGAUACAUUUAUGCCUGGAGCGUCAACACAUUUUUGUUGCAUUAAAAAGUGAACAUGAACAUAGAGAUCCUGCUUAGAGGGAUUUGACUGUAUUUUCUAUUAAAAAGAACCAUUAAUUCUCAUCUCCUUUGAGAAAUAGAACAUUGUGAAUAAAACAGUUUCUGUAAAAAGAGGAAAAGUCAAAUUUUUUUUGAAUAAUGUUCAUCCAAGAGAGAGAAAAACCUUUAUGAGCUUGUUAUAAGACUGUUUGACUAAGAAUGUAUUGUUGUGAAAUGUUUCUUUUUACUUUAAAGCCCUUACAGUAAGGGUUAAUAAUCUUGUAUGUGACUUGACAAC